AAUCAGAGGGCUGGAAGAGCCUCUACCUGAGAAGGUAUCAGCCGUGUGUGUGCGGAUCUGUGAAGCUGCUGAGAGAGUGUGUGUGUGUGUGCAGUCUCUCGGACCACUCUCACCCCGAAAAAUCCCUCUUAAUACCGAAUAACAGCCCAGAGCGCACUGAUUAUGGAGAUUAAAUGUGUUCUCGUGCUCUGUUGCGCCUGCCUGUGCGCGUUCACCGGCGCGCAGACACACAAAGAGAAGAUUUUCGCGAAAGUUGUGGAUCUGGUGUCUCCAGGUGAGGAGUACCUGUCUGAAGAUGCGCUGGUGUCGGUGUUUGAGCGGCUGGAGAACCGUGUGCAGUGCUCCGGUGUGUCGUGUGGAAAGUGUCUAUCAGUGGAGGAUCUGCAGCAGGUCUUGAGGAACUACAACAGUUCUCAGGGUGUCCAGUUGCAGGAUUUCUUCACGUUGACUCAUGCAUGCUGUUUAUUUCUGAGCGAUCCGAUCGAGACCUGUAAAGCCAUACGAGAUGGCCGAUGGGGAACAGAGACGCAAAACUUCAUCGAAUACCUCUAUGGCCACAAUCACGAUCAUAACUUCACCACCGAUUAUCCUCCUCAUGGAGACCUCACUGAAUAUGAGGGUGUGGAGAAGAUGUUUUACGAUAUGGAGGAGCACUAUCAGCCUGACACUCAGCAGGCUUGUCUGUCUAUGAAGGACGUCCUGGAAGAGAGCAGCUACCCUCACGGAGACCACAUUCACACAGAACUGGACGCUGUGCUGGGAAAUGUUCUUUAUCAUGCCCUGCGCGGAGACUGUAUGAAAGCACACCACCUUCCUGAAUCACAGUACUUCCUGGACUACAUUUUCGGCCAUUUUGGCUCAAACAGUCUCACUCUUCACGAUUUUGAGGAGCUUCUGCAUAGGUUAAAUCUGGGUGGAGAAGAGCAUGAAGAUCACGAAGACCAUCCUCAUCCUCAUCUUCCUAGGCCUCCACGUUCAUGAAGAAGGAAACGAUCACAAAGACCACAACUUUGACUACGUGUACAAGCUGCUGGUGCUCAUCGCGGGCAUUUAUUUCUUCUACCUGAUGGAGAGCAUAUUUUCCAUCAUCACUAGCCCACAGCAUCAUCAUCAUCAUCACCAUCAUCAUAACCAUAACCAUGAAGAAGACGUCUCUGAUGUUCAUCACUGCGAUCACGGGAAAGUCAUCCAGAUGUAUCAGAGAGAGAAGCAGAAAAAGAACUCCAACUCACAGGCUGAUCUGGUGGAGGCUGAAAAAAAUGAGAAAUCCUUCCUUGAACCUAAAGUAUCCAAAAAAGAGCAGCGUCUGCUUCCCUAUAUGAUCACCAUUGGUGACGGGAUCCAUAAUUUUGCGGACGGUCUGGCCAUCGGCGCUGCGUUUUCCAUCUCGUGGCGUUCAGGCUUGGCCACAUCACUGGCGGUUCUCUGUCAUGAGCUACCACACGAGUUAGGUGAUUUUGCGGUGCUGCUGCACUGCGGCGUGUCGGUGAAGCGAGCUCUCCUACUGAACUUCGGCAGUUCUCUGACCUCCUUCAUCGGCCUGUACAUCGCGCUGUCCGUCUCCACAGAUUCAGCCGCGGAGCAGUGGAUCUCCGCCGUAACCGCAGGACUCUUCCUGUACGUCGGGCUGGCAGACAUGCUUCCUACGCUGAUUCAUGUGGACAGUCGGAGACCGUGGCUCAUAUUUACAUUGCAAAAUCUGGGACUUUUAAGCGGCUGGGGAAUUUUAUUGCUUUUGUCCUUUUAUGAAGACCAGAUCGGGCUCUGAAUGGGUUUUUAUUCUAGUUUUGUUUUUAUAUAUCUUUCUAAAACCUAUGAAUUUGUGCAGUUCACUGAGUGUUUUCAGAAGGAAAUAUUGGUGACACUUUACAGUAAUGUGUUGGGUAACAAUUAUAUAUAUUUUUGUUACAGUAUUUAUUAAUCCGUGUCCAUGUUUGAAAAUCCUGUUAAUUUGUAUGUAAUGCUACAUCUUAAUUUUGAUCAGGUGCAUUAAAUAUUAUUAACAUUUUCUGUGAUUAAUAAUGUGUUAAUAAUAAUGUGCAAAUGAGUGUGUGCUCAGAUUAAUACAUAUUUUCAGUAUUUCUAUAUAAGUCUUAGUUCAUGUAAACAACCUGAAACGUGUUAUAAAGUGUGGCCAGAAUAUUUUCAGUGUUUAAAAUAGUAAUUAAAUUGUUUUUUUGUCAAGUUUUUGCACCUUAAAGCAAACAUUUGUAUUAUUUUUCAAUUGACGUUUUAUCAUUCAUUGUUCAUCAAAAUGGAUCCUAAAUUCACUGUUUAUACACCAACUUCAAUGUUUUUUUUAUUAGUAAAUACAUGCAUCAUAUUUCUGUACUAUAUUUUGAAUACUAAUGUUUUAAAUAUAUAAGCUGAAUACACUUUUAAACCACAAGUCAAUGUCGAUGUGAAGGAUUUUCACUUUUGAUAGUCUGCUGUGUUUUGUAGAAAUGAAAGUUGUAAAUAAAUCCAAACAAU